AUGCCUAGAUUAGUACCUUUGUUAAGUGGAUUAGCUUUAGCUACUGCCAUUACCUAUAAGGUUGGAAACGAUCUUCAAAAGGACCAGAGCGAGAUUAAGAACCGUUUAAACUCUGCAAAGAACACACUCGAGAGAGCAGUGGCUGAAGAGCAAUACAGCCGAGGACCUUCUUAUUUGACCGACUCACAGAAAUAUGUGUCUGAUAGACUUGUCCCUUCAGGUACGUUAUGGGUUAUAAAAAAUCGAUGA